CAGAAGCCAGCUUCUAACAAGAUAGUUUAGAUAACACUUAGGAGCUUGCUCGGGCUAAACUGUUCUAGUGAAUCGAAAUACGUUGUAUGCCCGAGGGCCGUCGCCCGAGCAAGCGAUCCACAUCAACCACGGGCGCAGCUGCACUUCUGGCGUGGAGGAGAGGCAGGGGGGCUGGCCUGGCAAGGCAUUGACGCUCCUCCUCGCCUAAGGACGAAGGGCUAAGAUGGACAGGUCGUUCAUAUCAAGGACCUCUCCACGCAUGCAGCUCGGCCGUCCACAGCACCUCCAGCCGCCCUGUUUGCCCAUCGUGCAAGUCCGUCCACACCAGAGACGUUGUAUUAGCAGCCGCCCCUGCCAACCCGUGGUCGCCGUUCGGCCGGGUCGCAUCGUUAGCGGGCGUGGUGGGCGGCUCGUGGCGUCAGCCAGUGACAUGUCCUCCUCGCCAGACGCGUCCAAAGAUGCGGGCGAGGGUCUCAAUAUUUUCUUUGACAACAACAGUGACAACGAAUGCACUGUGGUAACGGUGGAAGGCAAGGACAACGCACACCUCCUUAUAAGCCUGACAGGAGGGUUUUCCAGCGCUGGCCUCAUAGUGAUCUCCGCCUCCAUCACCAGCGACGACGGCCGCGUGCUGGACGUAUUCCGCGUGCAGACCGCAGAAGGCACCAAGGUCCCCGAGUCCCAGUUCUCGCACGUCCGCGAGCACAUCUUGUCCGUCACCGCCACCUCCUCGCGCUCCUCCAUGCCCGCCAUCUACGGCAUCGUGGCGGCCGCCGAGGUGGAGCGCCUGAAGCCGCUCAAGGGGCAGGCGGCGCAGACGGAGGUGGACACGCUGGAGCUGGCGGCGGCGGAGAUGGCGGCGGCGGCGGCGGAGCUCGUGGCUACGGAGCGGGAGAUCAUUGAGCUGCGUGCCAGCAACGCGGACGCCCGGCUGCUGCAGUCGCGCGAGGCCAGUCGCACGGAGGCCGCAGCAGCGCUGGAGCGCAAGAUGGCAGCCAUGCAGGCUGUGCUGGCUGCUCGGCGCACUGCCGUACAGCCUCAGAAGCAGAAGACCCCGGCGGAGAAGCUGCUGGACACGCUGAAGCCGCCCGCACCCGCGCGGGCAGCGGCGGGAGCAGGCAGCGGCUCGGGGUACGAGAUCCUGCUGCAGGCCUUCAACUGGGAGUCCCACCGGCACCGGCUGUACCGGCAGCUGUCCGGCCGCGUGAAGGACAUUGCGGACGCGGGCUUCACGGCGGUGUGGAUGCCGCCGCCCUCGGAGAGCGUCAGCCCGCAGGGCUACCUGCCCAAGGACCUGUACGCCCUGGACUCGGCGUACGGCAGCGAGGGCGAGCUGCGCGACCUGAUCAGCUCCUUCCACCAGCACCAGAUCAAGGUCAUUGCGGACAUUGUCAUCAACCACAGGUGCGCCAGCAACCAGGGCGGCGACGGCAAGUGGAACAAGUUCGGCGGGCGGCUGGCUUGGGACGCCUCCGCCAUCUGCUCCAACAACCCCGCGUUCGGCGGCCGCGGCAACCCCAAGCAGGGAGACGACUACGCAGCCGCGCCCAACAUCGACCACUCGCAGGAGCGCAUUCGCAAUGACAUUGCCAACUGGAUGAAGUACCUGCGCAACUCCAUUGGCUUCGACGGCUGGCGCUUCGACUUUGUGCGCGGCUACCCGGGCACUUACUGCAAGCAGUACAUUGACGAGACGGUGCCCGCCAUGGCAUUCGGGGAGUACUGGGACAGCUGCGACUACACGGACGGGGUGCUCAACUACAACCAGGACGCGCACCGGCAGCGCACCGUCAACUGGUGCGACUCCACGGGAGGCACCUCGGCGGCAUUCGACUUCACCACCAAGGGCAUCCUGCAGGAGGCGGUGGGUCGCCGCGAGUACUGGCGCCUGGUGGACAGCCAGGGCCGGCCGCCGGGCGUGCUGGGCAUGUGGCCCUCGCGCGCCAUCACCUUCAUCGACAACCACGACACCGGCUCCACCCUCAACCACUGGCCCUUCCCCUCGCGCAACCUGCCGGAGGGGUACGCCUACAUCCUGACGCACCCGGGCACUCCCUGCGUCUUCUACGACCACCUCUACCAGGAGGACGGCGGGCUGCGGCGCAACAUCCUGGACCUGCUGUCGAUCCGCAAGCGCAACGGCAUUAACGCCAGGUCCAAGGUGGUUGUGAAGAAGUCGGCUGCUGACGUGUACGCCGCUGUCAUCGACGACAAGGUGGCCAUGAAGAUGGGGCCCGGGGACUGGUCGCCCAACCACUCGGGGCUGCGCAUGAACGGCAAGGACAUGAAGCUCGUCUCCAGCGGCUUCCAGUUCGCAGUCUGGGAGGCGCACCAGUGAGAGGAUGCGGGAGAAGGACGGGCAGGACCGUCGGUUGGCAAGAAAGGGACAGGAAAGAAGGAAGGGAGGCGGAGAGAACAGAGAAGAGAAAUGGGGUUUGGGUUGAUAGCGUGUUAGUAGCGAGCAUGGGUGUGGACGGGCAGCAUGGGAAGGGCGCGCAUACGGAGGCAACUUGGGAUUGUGGAUAAGGGUGCGGGGCGUGCUCCGUUGGCCCUAGUGGCCUUGAGUCGGUUUGGACGGGCGCGGAGUGGCGAGGCGCCGCAUGCAUUAGGACACGGCAAGGAGUCUGCAAACUGGACAAGAGUAGAGCUCGUAGAACGGUACAAGUAGAGGACAUGCGAGGGGAGAUAACUUUCUGUGCUGCUGUUGCUACGCGUGUUUAGGCCGCAGCACGUCAUAUACCUGAAAAGGAACCAUCUUGGGGCUUUACAUGCGCCAUAGACUGACCCAAGAUGCCGCAAUUGCGCAUAUCAUCAAUGCCAUCAUCAACAACUCAUCAUCUCCCAUCAUUCUUGGC